AUGUCAGCUGAUACAGACCCAAAAGCAUAUCUGAAAAAAGUAAAUGAUCAAUUGUCGAUAUCUUUGAAAUAUCUUGAAUCUGAUGCCUCCUUUGUACGAACAUGCCAACUAACUGUCCAAAACACGGGCGACAAGGAUGCGAUUAUCAACCCACAACCAACAUCAAACGAAACAAACAAGAGCUGGUUACCAAGUUUCUUUACAGCAGACACCGAUAAUGAGCUGAGCCGCAUGUUGGAGAACCACGGGAGCGGCAAAAUGGAACUAUACCUCGGACGAGUACAAUUGUUUGGAUUCGUGGUGUUGAACUACAAAUUCAACCAUGACACUGCCGCGUUGGAGAUGCAAAGGCACCCUCAAUGGUGGAGAAACGCAAACUAUAUCAGCGAGUACUCUAGAAGAAACGAAAAAGAGGAAGACGGAUUGCAGCCGUGGAGUAUCGAAACAACACCGUUCAUUGCAGAAAGGUUGAACAACCGACUAAAAGUUGGGGGCAAGUUGGGAGGUGUGUCUGAUCUUUCUGUGGAAUUGUCGGAAACUUCCACCACCAAUAACGGGCACCUAUUAUACGACUUGGUGGGCAAUUUCGACUCGUUCCCGCUGUCAAAUCGGGAUCUCCCUUUGAAAGAUUUUGUCGACUCAAUUGUUCCUAUAUAUGCAACACCGCAAUCGCUUUUAUUCACCGACUUGGUUCUUGAAAGCGGCAAGUCGAAAACAUUCACCUUUCAGAUCCCCAUCAAUGAAAACCUACCUCCCAGCUACAAUACUGGUCUGACGGGCAUUGCAUGUGACCAAGGAUGGACAAGUGUUAGAUACUCGGUGGAGGUCAGCAUGCACCAAGGAGAUAUGGUGAGCAAGCCCAAAUCUGUCUAUUUCCCACUAACAAUCGAACCGCGCAAAGUUGCCAACAAAUCGCUACAGCGGGUACUCUUUGGUGACGAGUUGGGCUUGGACAAAGACUGGAGUAUUUUGUUGGACAUGGAGGAGCCGUGCAAGGAUUUGAAGCUGAAUGGCUCGGCAAAGAAGGAUUUUUUGCUUGAUCUAUCCUCGUUGUUAGGAUCAGACUUGUACAAUAUGCCCAAAAUGUCCACCACUGAGCGGCGGAAAAGCAGCGUCAAUAGUACUUUUAUCGAUCCGCAGGACGAAAAGUAUGUGACGCAGCUUCCAUCGCAUUUAAAGACCCUGUUUCAAUUACGAGUCAAUGAUGAGGACUUGUGCAAGGUGACAAUCUCCAAGCCGUAUUACUACGUGGGCGACGACGUCAACUUCACCGCCGAGUUGAACUUGAAAGGGUCCACCAGAAUCGUGGGCAUGAAUGCAUAUAUCGAGGCCUGCGAGGUUUAUCACACGAAAAGGGAGCUUGAAAAUGUGUACAAGGUGACGGGAAAUGUCAAGCUCAAUUUGCUCGCUUCGGCGUUGGGGAAACUGAGUUGCCUCGUCAACGACUACCUCAAUAUUCCCAAAUUCGUUGCGCCGCAAUUCAAGAGCAAAACUUUUAUGGACUUGAAGUAUUACUUGACAUUUCAGUUCAACUUUGCAACUAUUUCCGAAUAUUUGGACAACGAGCAAGAAGGAGAAGGAAAAGAGAAGGGGAAAGAAUUUGUCCCAAUAGAGAUCCUUCGAGGAGAUUUGACUGCAAAUUCGUACCCAUUUCGAGUGCCCUUGUACAUCCUUGCAUGA